AUGUGGAGCCGGGGUCGUGACGUCCAGCUGUGUGCCCUUGUGGUGGUGGCGCUGGCCACCCUCCAGCAGGCAGAGGCGGCCGCAUUACCGCCCGCAGCAGGACGAGCAGGAGGCUGCUCGGUGGACAUUAACGACGAGUCAGCGUUCCCGGAUCCGCAGCCACUGUUCCUGUUGCCGGGCGGCAGCGCCGACGCGAAGGGCUUCUGGGAGCCGGAAGUGUCUAGCGAGCUGCUGACGCUGCAGGAGGGCGACCAACUCAACCUCGCCUGCACGGGCUCCGGCAACGUCCUCACUGUGUUGGGCGUCGCAGAGGCGACAGCGACGUGCGUGUCCGGCACGACGUUCUCGGUGGACGGGCGCAGCUACGCGCUGAGCGACCUGAAGUGCAGCUCCCUCCCAGACAGCUCGCAACGUGACACGCAGCAGACCUGUGGCGCCUCUGCCGGCGUCUACCCGCUACUGCAGAUCGGCUUCGAGCUAUCCACCGGUUUUGUCAAGCUCAUCGACAUCUGCUUCGAUGACACGCGACUGACGACGCUCUACGCGCAAGAGACCAUAGUGGCUGGCAUCGGUGGCUACCAAAGCGGCUUCCCUAGACCCAACUGGAUGCAAGGCGACUUCUUCGGCGACAUAGACGUAAACACGGCGUACACAAAGAACAAACAGCGCGAGACUAUUUCGGAGAUACUCGGUUCGAGCGAGCUGGGGGACCAGUACGUCACGUCUGGCGACUACUACUUGUCUAGGGGCCACAUGUCUGCCAAGGCCGACUGGGUGUUCGGCUCGCAGCAGACCGCCACCUUCUGGUUCCUCAACGCGGCACCCCAGUGGCAGACCUUCAAUGGUGCCAACUGGGAAACGGUGGAGAGCAACGUACGCUACUACGCGCGCAAGAAAGGUGCCGACCUGACGGUAUACACUGGAACAUACGGCGUCGCCACGCUGCCCAACGUGGACGGCGUGGAGACAGAGCUGUACCUGGUGGCUGACACCAAGCAGAUCCCCGUGCCGAAGCUGUACUGGAAGUUGGUGCACGACGCAGCCAACGACGCGGGCGUAGCUCUGAUCGGUAUCAACAAUCCGUAUGUUUCCGACCCCGGAGACGACUACUACCUGUGUCCCGACGUGUGCAGCAAACUCAGCUGGGUCACUUGGGAAUCCAACGACCAGACGAAAGGUUUCAGCUAUUGCUGUGAAGUCAGUGAGUUCCAGAAGGUCGUCUCCGUGCUGCCAGAAAUCAGCGUCAGCUCACUGCCUACUCUCUACUACGACAAACUCCCAAAUUAUUCACUUUCUGCGAUUACUUUUGACUCUUUUUCUACCACCGACACUCCCAGGCAAUCAUCAUAGGCCGCACCAUCCACUCCUUCCAUCUCCACGAUUUCUUCAAAGAAUCAAGAGCAGCAACAUGGUCGGAAUCAACACGCCCCCUCCAUCCGCCCUCCAUCACGUCUUCCAAGGGUGAAAUAUAAAAAUCAAAAAUUAAUUGCUUUCUACGUAGGAGAUUAUGUACUCUUCACAAAAUUUUGUCAUGAUGCACAGUUUAUCCUCUCUAAUGCACCAGAACGAGCUGGAGGCUGCUCGGUGGACAUCAACGACGAGUCGGCGUUCCCAGACCCGCAGCCACUGUUCCUUUUGGCAGGCGGCAGCGCCGACGCGAAGGGCUUCUGGGAGCCGGAGGUGGCCAGCGAGCUGCUGACGCUGCAGGAGGGCGACCAACUCAACCUCGCCUGCACGGGCGCUGGCAACGUCCUCACGGCGCUGGGCGUCGCAGAGGCGACAGCGACGUGCGUGUCCGGCACGACGUUCUCGGUGGACGGGCGCAGCUACGCGCUGAGCGACCUGAAGUGCAGCUCCCUCCCCGACAGCUCGCAACGUGACGCACAGCAGACCUGUGGCGCCUCUGCCGGCGUCUACCCGCUACUGCAGAUCGGCUUCGAGCUAUCCACCGGUUUUGUCAAGCUCAUCGACAUCUGCUUCGAUGAUACGCGAUUGACUUCGCUCUAUGUGCAGUCCGGUAAUUUCAAUAUGGCGAGAGGCCAUCUGUCUACCAAGGCCGACUGGAUGUUCAGCUCGCAGCAGACCGCCACCUUCUGGUUCCUCAACGCGGCACCUCAGUGGCAGACCUUCAAUGGUACCAACUGGGAAACGGUGGAGAGCAACGUACGCUACUGCGCGAGCAAGAAAGGUGCCGACCUGACAGUAUACACUGGAACCUACGGCGUCGCCACGCUGCCCAACGUGGACGGCGUGGAGACAGAGCUGUACCUGGUGGCUGAUACCAAGCAGAUCCCCGUGCCGAAGCUGUACUGGAAGUUGGUGCACGACGCAGCCAACGACGCGGGCGUAGCUCUGAUCGGUAUCAACAAUCCGUAUGUUUCCGCCCCCGGAGACGACUACUACCUGUGUCCCGACGUGUGCAGCAGGCUCAGCUGGGUCACUUGGGACUCCAGCGACCAGACGAAAGGCUUCAGCUACUGCUGCGAAGUCAGCGAGUUUCAGAAGGUCGUCUCCGUGCUGCCAGAAAUCAGCGUCAGCUCACUGCCUACUCUCUAUCCCCUCAGUGCGAACACGAUGGCCCCCCUUCCGCUGCCGCUGCCGCUGCCGCUGCUGCUGGCGCUGCUGCUGGCCUCGGCUGGCCACGCCUCACCGCUGCCUCGCGCAGGUUGUUCUGUGGACGUGAACGGAUCCAAGAUGCCCGACCCGCAGCCGCUGCUGCUGAAACCCGGUGGCAGCAAAGACGUGCACGGCUUCGUCACGCCGGACUCCUCGGGGGUGAUCUCGCUCAGCCGGAACGAGCAGAUCGUAGUCGCCUGCCCCGACAACAGCCUCCAGGCCACCGGGCAGUCGCAGGCGACGGCCUACUGCGUCUCGGGCUCCACCUUCUCCAUCGACGGGCGAUCGUACGACUUCGCUGACCUCAGCUGCCGAUCCCAGCCGAAGCCGUCAGGCCAGAAAACGGGCAGCUCGUGCGGAAGCAGCGGUCAGUACCAAGUGAUCCAGCUAGGCUUCCAGGUCGGCGCCGACUUCUACACGCUUAUCGACGCCUGCUUCGACGAUCGUUCCUACAACACGGUGUACGACCACUCCACGAUGAUCGCCGAAAUGGGGGGCAGGCAGAGCGGUUUUGACCGGCCCGAUUGGUUGGACGGCGGCUUCUUCGGCGACAUCGACGUGGAUAAACAGUACAAACGUGCCACACAGAUUCAGACGGUCGGCACGCUGCUGGGGUCCAGUCAACUGGGGUCCAAGUACAUCUCUGAAACCAGUGACUACUUCCUUUCCAGGGGACACCUCAGUGCAAAGGCCGAUUUCAUUCUCGGCGCGCUGGAGUAUGCCUCAUUUUUGUACGUGAAUGCUGCGCCGCAGUGGCAAACGUUCAACGGUGGCAACUGGAACACCUUGGAAAACAAUGUACGUUCCUAUGUUUCGAACAACGAGGUAGAACUGGAAAUCUACACGGGUACGCACGGCAUCACGACGCUGCCGGACGUGAACAAUGUCGAGACGGAGUUGUAUCUUUAUGCUGACGGCAGCAAGUACAUUCCAGUUCCAAAGAUCUUCUGGAAGAUCGUGUACGACGCUAACACUAAGGCAGCUGUGGUGUUCGUGGGCGUAAACAAUCCGUACAUUGAGAACCCUGGCUCUGACUACUAUGUCUGCACAGACGUAUGCAGCAAGAUCAGCUGGAUAUCCUGGAAGGCCACGGACCAGGAGAAGGGCUACUCGUAUUGCUGCGAGUACGCAGACUUCAAGAACGCCGUGGCCGACGCACCCAGCCUCGGCGUCAACUCUCUGCUUACCUAA